UUACAUACAAUAGGGAGUGAAUUGUCAUUGAGCCUAGUGUAAAUGGUGGCGGUUCUUAACACAGAUGUAAGCAAAACAUGACGCCUAAUAAAACAGAACAGAAUCGCACAGACUGAGAUGAAUAUACUGCUGUGUCCAUUUCUGUUCAUAAUUUUGGCAGUGCUUCCUCUGACGUCAUGCCAGGACCCGGUGCCCAUUCAGUUCCAGAGCUCCCCUGUGCUGGUGGCUGCAGGAAACAAUGCCGUGUUUACAGUGCAGACCAUCUCCAAUAUCUUCUCCAUCACAUGGCUCGCUCCCGGAGGAGGUACUCUGGGCCAGUGGAUCAACAGCCAGGCUGUGCUUAAUCCGAUUGCCCAGUACCAAGGCAGGGUGAGCAUCAGUGCCACCCAGCUAAUAAUCAGCAGCAGUCAGCUCAGUGACGCUGGAAACUACACGGUCAUGGUAACACCGUCUGCUCCCACCGGACUGGCCAGCAACUCACGCUCUGUCACCUUGUCGGUUUUUGUUGCGGUGGGAGGAGUGAACCUGUUCGUGCCUUCGGUGACAAUAGAGGGCGGCAACGCGUCCUUAACCUGUAGCUGGACUUCAGGCACCAACACCAGCGUGACAUGGGGUAAAGGUAGCACCAGUCUUCCCUCAGACCCUCGCUUUAUCAUCAACGCUGGGUCUCUGAUUAUCAACCCAGUGAACAGGAGCGAUUCCGGUCAAUACACCUGCACCGUCAGCAACCCUGUCAGCAGCAUGACUGCCACGGCAAGCCUCACUGUUUACUACGGCCCGGACACCCCUCAGGUGACCAGAACGUCCUCUGGUUGUGUCGGUGGGGGAGACACCAUCGUUGGCCAGACGGUCCAGCUCACCUGCACGUCUGUCUCUCUGCCUCCUGCUCUCUUGUCAUGGCAAUUCAACGGACUACCUCUGACAGCCAGCCAGGCAAAUGGUGGCACACUGAAUUUGCAGAUUUUCUCCAACAAUCAGAGUGGGCAGUACACAUGCUCCGCUCGUAACAGCAUCACGACACAGACGUCGCAGCAGCAGAUAAGCCUCAACGUUGUGGGUACGUGUCUGAGUGUAGGUGCAGUUGCUGGAAUUGUCGUCGCCUGCUUUGUAGCGCUCGUGUUAAUUAUUGUUGCCAUCGUACUGAUACUACGUCAGCGAAAAGCUGAUCAGAGACUCAGGACAGUCAUUGAACAGCGGAAGGAAAACAUGAACAAUAGGCUGACGGUUCUUCCAGCUCCACAGAAUGGCCAUGAUAAUCCUGGGUUUCUUGGCCAGGGUGACCUGCCUGACCCACCGAUGCACAACGAUAACCGACUCAAUCGUUCAAAGAAUCAACACGCCAGUGGCCAACACAACAACAACAACAACGAUGAUGUACUGACGCAAAACAGGACGUCCAACACCGGUGCCAUUCAGCCCAAUGGCCAUCUUAAUACUGACAUGCUCUCAAAUAAUGCCACUCUCAACUCCAGUGCCCACCUACAUGAUUACCAGCGGAAUAGCAAUUCAAAUCGACACAACACUGGCUCAUUCCAACAAGUGGGCCAACAGAACCCAAAUAUUCUCAUACAGACUGGCCACGCUGAGUCAGGACCUCACACAGUCCUCAUAAACCUUAAUACACUUCCACAGCAUCAAAAUGCCACCACACAACCUCAUACCGUUCAAGUCAGUCUCAAUGCAACGCCGCCUUCUUCAGGACAACCCAACCCGAACACCAUGCGCUAUAAUGAUCAACAAAGCAAUACUGUCCAGCAGGAGAUUCUUGCUAACGCUAAUCACUCAAAUCUCAGUCAUGUCAGUGGGUCACACUCCAGUCCACAGCCUCGGAAUGAUAACAUCCGUAAUACAGCACGGCCUGCCCACAGUAGUACCUCAAGAAACGAACAACCUAUGGAUCACCGCGUCACCAACCAAACACGGUCUAGGCGGAAUACUGAAGACACGUAUCCUUACUCAGAGCCGACCGGUACACAGCUAGGUACACAACCCUCGCUCUCAGAUGCUAAUACACUCCCGCGUCAGAUGCCAUGGGACCGUAUGCAUGGUACACCCGCAUAUCCGAAUCCUCAAGUAGACAGAUACGAAUCUCAAAAUUCAACACGGCGAUACAGUUCAUCGGAUUCGGAGGGUGAGUAUUCAGUUCAAGCUCUAAGACCCAUGGGGUCACCUGUGGAUGAACAGAUGAGGAAUAUUUCCAGAGCUUCAAGAAGAAACUUUCUGAGACAGCUUGCUCACAGUGCUGCCCAGAGACGCUCUCGAGCAGAUCGGAACGUGUCAAGACGAGUCACGCAGCCUGACGUGAUUGCUCAGCCACGUGCUGACCGUCAACCUCGGACUGCUCCACAGAACAUCACACCCCAUAGACAUGGCAUGGACAACAUGGACAUUCCCAUUCCUCAACAUCAAAACAUUCAAAUGCAGACUGCUCAACCAACACAUUUGACCAAUCAGGCUGAUCCAGAUCAAAGACCUCACAAUGCUGCCGCUCCAAAUGCCCUCAUUCUAACUCAGGCUGCUUUGCAGCAGCACACCAUCCAGACUCCCAGCCCCUUUGUUAACCGGAUUCAACAGACCCAAGCUGCAUUGCAUCCUGGAACUCUGUCAACACCUGCUCAGACUCAACAGAUCAACCAGGUUGGUCAAGUCGCUCCAAUUCCCCCUCCAGUUCUGCGCUUAGCAGAGUUUAAAACACUACCACGAGAGCAUUUACAGAAACCACAUGCUGUAAAGCCGGUUCAGGUGACGAGACGGCCUGUGGUCGUGCAUCAUGGACAUAGACCUCCCAACAUGCCCAGGCAUGCAAGAACAGUGCGUACCAACCUACACAAACACCCAGUGAAUCCUCAUAUGCAUGCCAGUGCGCAUUGGCAUGGCAACCCACAGGGCCUCCCAGUACAUAUGAGCCAGGUCCACAAAACUAGACACAGACCCUGAGACAAUCCAGUCCACAUUCUGAUAAGGCAUCAUGCAUACCUGGGGAGGGGAAACACCCAAACAAUUAAAUAUUCAUUUGUAUUUAAGCAAUGACCAUCUACAAGGCACACUGUGCUGGUUUGGACUAAGUUCAUACUCAUUAGUGGACAAAAUGCAGAGUGAGGUGUGCAGGAUUUGAGCUGUAUCCAACCGAAAAGCCCAGACAAGCCUCAAGAAACUGCUAAAUGCUAAGUAAUGCUCUUCCUGUUUAGCACCUUCUUACACAGCCGUUUAUUCAGCAGUUGGUACACAGAUGCCUCCACUGACGCGGCUCAAUUAGCGGCGUCUCCAUGGACGAAGCGCUCGGCUAACUAUGAAGGAGAGCCACCAAACGGACGCGCUCUUAUUUAUUAUGCACAUUUGUUUAUUGCUAAUGACUUGGAAAAUGCUAAUGACUUGGAGUGGUGGAGGUUAUCUUGAAGGGCUCGGGGAAAUUGGAUUCUGAAAAUAAGCACAACAAAGUAAUAAUUUGUCGUGGCUCUUUUUUGCUGAGGAGAUCGGGCUGAUUAAUUACAAAUGUUAUUGUUUUAUUUACAUUUUAAACAUAUUGUUUAUUCAUUUGUCAUAUUAUAUAACUUAGUAUUAAAUUAUCUCCAUAUUAUGGAGUUGUCUCUAGCCUCUGAUCUAAAUACUGGAUUAAACGGAAAUGAAAGUA